UGUACGUCAUAACUUUUUUCUGUGCUACAUUUCAGCCAUGACUACCAAAGAUUAUCCAUCAUUAUGGGGCUUUGGAACAACAAAAACAUUUAAAAUUCCUGUUGAACAUUUGGAUUUCAAGUACAUUGAAAAAUGUGCAGAUGUUAAACACUUAGAAAAAAUUCUUUGUGUGCUCAGGUCUGGUGAGGAAGGAUAUUAUCCUGAACUUACGGAAUUUUGUGAAAAGCGCCUUAAAGGCUUGGCUCCUGGAAGUAGAGCUUUGAGGAAAGAUAAACCUGCAGCGACAGCAUCCAGUUUUACAGCAGAAGAAUGGGAAAAAAUUGACGGUGAUAUAAAGAGUUGGGUAUCAGAAAUUAAAAAUGAAGAAAAUAAAAUACACUUUCACGAAAUGGAAACAUUUCCAGCAACGGAAGGUAAUUUGCCUCCAGUUCGUGGUUCAAAUGGCCGUCUUCAUGUCAGUAAGGAAAAAUAUUCUAAUAGUAGACCAACUAAAAAGAAAAUCCCAAGGGAUUAUGCAGAAUGGGAUAAAUUUGACGUCGAAAAAGAAUGUUCAAAAAUUGAUGAAGAUUACAAAGAAAAAGCUGUAGUAAACAACAAGUCACAUUUGUCUAAAAUUGAGAGAAGAAUAGACACAGCAGGUCUAACUGAGAAGGAAAAGAUUUUCCUUGCUACUCGUGAAAAGGAAAAAGGAAAUGAAGCUUUCAAUUCAGGAGAUUAUGAGGAGGCUGUGAUGUAUUAUACUAGGAGUCUAUCAGUGCUGCCCACUGUGGCGGCCUAUAACAACCGCGCUCAAGCAGAACUCAAGCUACAGAACUGGAACAGUGCUUUUCAGGAUUGUGAAAAGGUGUUGGAGUUGGAACCUGGAAACUUAAAGGCUCUUCUACGCCGUGCCACUACAUAUAAACAUCAAAACAAGCUCCAGGAAGCUCUAGAAGAUUUGAAAAAAGUACUGAAUGUGGAACCUGAUAAUGAAUUGGCCAAGAAGACCUCGUUGGAGGUUGAGAGAGAUCUGAAAAAUUCUAAACCUGCAUCUAAGACUCAAACCAAAGGGAAAAGAAUGGUACUCGAGGACGUAGAAAACUCAGAGGAUGAAGGUGGAAAGGACAGCAGAGGAAAACAUGAAGACGGCAGUGGAGAUUGUUUUGACUAUCCUGGACUCCUUGAAAUUCCAUACUGGGCUGGCAGCGCCGCGGAAUGCGGAGUGGGCGCGCGGGCGGGGCGCGUCCUCAGCCUUCCCGCGGGGGCUUUCCCUGCCAGGCGGGCCGCCGCGGGCACGGUGCCUUCCCGGGGCGCCGCAUUAGGCGGGGACUGCGGUGUCCCCUGGGGACCGCAGUCUCGUGCUGGAAGUGGAGGUGCAGAUGAUCUAAGUAUCUUAUAUUCAAAUAGAGCAGCGUGUUACCUAAAAGAAGGAAACUGCAGCGGCUGCAUUCAAGAUUGUAACAGGGCUCUGGAACUUCAUCCAUUCUCCAUCAAACCUCUUCUUCGACGAGCAAUGGCCUAUGAAACUUUAGAGCAGUAUCAGAAAGCUUAUGUGGAUUAUAAAACAGUGUUGCAAAUGGACUGCACAAUCCAGCUAGCGAAUGACAGUAUUAACAGGAUAACAAGAAUUUUAAUGAAUCUGGAUGGACCAAGCUGGCGGGAGAAGCUGUCACCCAUUCCUGCUGUGCCCACUUCUGCGCAUUUGCGAGCUUGGCAGCCUGCCACAGAGACACCCCCGGACCGCGGGGGCGACUCCUGCAGCCGUCCCCAGCCUGGCAUUGCAGAUGAAAAAAUGUUUAAAACCCUUAAAGAAGAAGGAAAUCAAUGUGUAAAGGACAAAAACUAUAAAGAUGCCCUUAGUAAAUACAGUGAAUGCUUAAAGAUUAACAACAAGGAAUGUGCCAUUUAUACAAACAGAGCUCUGUGUUACUUGAAGCUGUGCCAGUUUGAAGAGGCAAAGCAGGACUGUGAUCGGGCGCUUGAGAUAGACCACGGACACGUGAAGGCGUGCUACCGGCGCGCUCUGGCUCACAAAGGACUCGAGGAUUAUCAGAAAAGUUUAAAUGAUCUCAAUAAAGUUCUUCUGCUGGAUUCAAGUAUUAUUGAGGCAAAGAUGGAACUGGAAGAGGUAACCAGACUCCUUAACGUUAAGGAUAAUGCAUCAUUCAACAAAGAGAAAGAGAGAAGGAAAAUUGAAAUCCAAGAGGUGCACGAAGGCCAUGAUGAAGAGCCUGAAAGGACCGCUGAGGAGGUGGCCGGGGACUGCCUGGCCGCUGGGAAGGGGGACGCGGCCAGCGGGCCGCCGCCGGCGCACUGCGAGCCGCUCCCGAUCGCCAGGCCUCGCAACGCCUAUGAAUUCGGUCAGGUCCUGAGCGCCCUCAGCGCGAGGAACGAGAGGCAGGCCUGUGCGCACCUUCUAGCCGUCACUGAGCCGGGAGACUUGCCGGGGCUGCUGAGUAACAAACUCGAAGGGGAUACGUUCCUCCUGCUCAUUCAGGCUCUGAAAAAUCACCUCCUUGAGAAAGAGCCGUCGCUGGUGUAUCAGCAUCUUUUAUAUCUCAGUUCAGCAGAAAGGUUCAAGAUGAUGUUGACACUAAUCAGCAAGGGCCAGAGCGAGCAGAUUGCACAGCUCUUUGAUGACCUCUCCGACACACCAGACGAACGUUAUUCUUUAGAGGAUGUGCAGGCCCUAAGAAGGAAGUAUGAGCUCUAAGUCAGGGCGGCUGUGCUGUUUCUCCCACACGCGUGUGAGUCCGGGUAGCGCUAAUGGGAUGGGAGUGUAAUCGCACUGCAUGGAUAAAACCGGGUUUAGAAGGUCCUUUGGUCUGGACUAAAAAUAUUUUAUGAAUUUUUAUAUAUAGAACAUUAUAUUCUACAAUAUGCUUUUUAUUAGUUGUAAAUAUUUUCCUACAUACCAGAGCAAACAUCUUUGUAUUUAAUAAUAAGUAUAUUUGGGACUUGUGUAAUAUAAAUUAAAAUGUACUUUAACAUUUUCUUUUAAUAACUCGUUAAAAAUUUGAGUUACAUUUCUUUGGGCUAUACAGGAUUCCUUUCAGUGUUGAUAUGAAUGUAUUUAAAAGUGAAAAUCAUAAAUAGUGAUAUUAUAUCACCUUUAUUUCCUGCCAUGAUAGAUAAAAAUACUGUUUUUAUACUACUUGUGGAUUACAGUCUGCUGAGGUGACAUGUGCUCUUAAAUCAUAUAUGAAAUGAUUUAAUACAUUGUGAUUAUUAGAACUAUAAGAGGAACUUACUUUUUUUCUUACAUGGAAAUAUUGCCUAAUAAUUAAAGAACAAAAAUUGGCAAAAAUUUCUACUUUUUACUACAUUUUUAACAGCUGUGUAAAGCAGACUAAGCCUGCGUUGUCACCUCCACGUUUAGACAUCGUCUUCACCCUUUUCCCCCUUCCUUUAAGCAUGACCACAUUUAUUCCCUUAAUGGAAAAGGGAAAGUGAAGAAACCUUAUUAAAAUCUCCUGUUAACUGGGUUAAAGUAGAGGUGUUUCUUACAAUAAAACAUUCAUGUCUCUUUAGUCAGA